GGCCGCGGAGCUUCCCUAAAACGCCACCUUAUCAGCAGACCCCCAGGAAUCGACCCGCCAGGACGCCAGAGCUACCUCAGCGGGGACCAUCCCCUACCCCAACACAUUCUUCCCUUCUUUGCAAACAGCCCAUGGCGAACCAAGGCUCCGGGAGCAGUCGCCUUCCCCUGGCGCUGCCCCCAGCCUCCCAGGGUUGCUCGUCAGGGGGCAGCGGCUCCUCCGCGGGCGGCUCCGGCAAUCCCCCGCCACCGCGAAACCUCCAAGGUCUGCUGCAGAUGGCCAUCACGGCGGGCUCUGAAGAGCCAGACCUCCCUCCAGAACCCAUGAGUGAGGAGAGGCGCCAGUGGCUGCAGGAGGCCAUGUCGGCUGCCUUCCGGGGCCAGCGGGAAGAGGUGGAGCAGAUGAAGAACUGCCUCCGAGUGCUGUCCCAGCCCACAACCCCCUCAGCUGGUGAGGCUGAACUGGCUGCUGACCAGCAAGAGCGUGAGGGGGCCCUGGAGCUGCUGGCCGACCUGUGCGAGAACAUGGACAACGCCGCAGACUUCUGCCAGCUGUCCGGCAUGCACCUGCUGGUGGGCCGCUACCUGGAGGCGGGGCCUGCGGGGCUGCGGUGGCGGGCGGCGCAGCUCAUCGGCACGUGCAGCCAGAACGUGGCAGCCAUCCAGGAGCAGGUGCUAGGCCUUGGCGCACUGCGCAAGCUGCUGCGCCUGCUGGAUCGGGACCCCUGCGAUGCUGUGCGCGUCAAGGCCCUCUUCGCCAUCUCCUGCCUGGUCCGGGAGCAGGAGGCUGGGCUGCUGCAGUUCCUCCGCCUGGACGGCUUCUCUGUGUUGAUGCGGGCCAUGCAGCAGCAGGUGCAAAAGCUCAAGGUCAAGUCAGCGUUCCUGCUGCAAAACCUGCUGGUGGGCCACCCUGAACACAAAGGGACCCUGUGCUCCAUGGGCAUGGUCCAGCAGCUGGUGGCCCUCGUCCGAACAGAACACAGCCCCUUCCAUGAGCACGUGCUUGGAGCCCUGUGCAGCUUGGUGACUGACUUCCCCCAGGGUGUGCGGGAGUGCCGGGAGCCCGAGCUGGGCCUGGAGGAGCUUCUGCGGCACCGGUGCCAGCUGCUGCAGCAGCACGAGGAGUACCAGUUCUGGGGAAAAGAAGUCUGAAGUCAAGGUGUCAGCAAGACCGUGCUCCCUCUGAAGGUUCUAGGGAAGAAUCUUUCCUUGCCUCUUCCAGCUUCUAGUAGUUGCUGGCAGUCCUUGACGUUCCUUGGCUUAUGGAUACAUCCGUCACUCCGAUUUCUGCCUCUGUUUUCACAUGGCCUUCUUUCUCCCCUAUGUGUCUGUCUUAGAACUCUUUCCAGAUAUGUAAAUAGAGGUGUGCUUUAAUUUCAGUGUAAUUCAAUAUUAUAAUUGCAUAGUAUUCUCUGAAGUAAUUACAUCAUGAUUUAGCCAGUCCUCUUUUGUAGGUAUUUUUGUGGGCCCUGUGUAGAGUUAAAUUAAAUUACAUUGGUGCUUUUUGAAUAGGCCCCAUAGUCAUGUGGUUCAAAAUUCAAGAUGCAUGAGAGGAUAAACAGUGAAAAGUCUCCCUCCUACCCCUAUUCCUAUCCACCCAGUUCUUCCUGUGGCCUUCCUAAGAUAGUCUGUGCACAUACAAGGAAAUGUACAUAUCAAUUAUUUUCCUCUUCCUCUCUUCAUUUUGUGUAAAUUCAGCCUAUUCUGACCACUAUUCUGCUCUUGCCAUAUUCCCUUUCAUAACAUAUCCACGAGUGUGUUUCGUGUCGGUGCCUAUGGCUUUAUCCUCUUGGAGUUUGUUUCCACUCUUUCACUACUAUCAACUCUGCUAAAAGAAUAACCUUUUACACAUGUAACUUUAGGAGUAUGUCUAUAGAACAAUUUCUAGAAAGGGAAAGGCUGGGUUAAGGUAGGUUAAAGAUGAAGUUACAGGGUUUAAGCGCCAUGUCCUUAGCUGUUGCCAAGUUGUUCUCCAUAGAAGUUGAACCAGUCGACACUGCAGCCAUGAGGGUACUCAACUUUCCCACAUCCUGGCCAGGAUAGGGUGCCUCAAGACAUUUGAUCUUUCUUCAAGCUUUUCCUCAAGCCAUUUGACCUUUCUUCAAGCUUAUUGGUGAAAAGCAGUAUUCCAGUCCAGUUUAUGUUUGCAUUUCUCCCGUGAGUGAAGUUGGGCAUCUUUUUCCUUUUUUUGUGAACUACUCAUUCAUAUCCUUUGCCCAUUUAUCUAAUGGGUGGUGGUUUUGCAACUGAUUCAUUAAAGCUUAAUUUUUUAAAAAAAUUUUGAUUGAUUGAUUGAUUGAUUGCUGCAUUGGGUCUUCGUUGCUGCCUGCAGGCUUUCUCUAGUUGUGGCGAGU